CAGUCACUGCUCCAUUAUUAGAGAGAGCUAUUCUAUGCACUGUGUGACUCCUUUCUCUGUCAGGGUCUAGUAUGAGCUGGUUGAAUACGUAGUAAAAAAGCCAAAAUAUUCCUCUGCAUUCCAAAUCAGUAGCAGGAUGUUGCGCCUUACAAUUGUUUCUGCAAGGAUUCACCAUUCUAAAUCUACUAAACCAGAGUGCUUUGUGACAGCAAAUUUCGAAGGGACAGAAAAACAAACAACAGUUGUGAAGAAACAAACUCCUGUUUGGAAUGAGACAUUUGAGUGGUCAUUGGAGGGAUUCGUACUUGACAGCCAAUCCCAUGUUGAACUUGAAGUGCAUGGAACGUAUAAUGGCGAAGUGAGCAUUUUUGGCUCAAAUAAAAUACAUCUGAAAGAACUGCUGAGUGUACAGGAACAGCUACAGACGCUCAGUGAUAUCCCGCUGCUAGAUCCUAAAAAGAAACCAACAAUGAACACCCUCACCUUGAAAGUUAUAUGCACUUGGAAGGAGAAAACAGGCAAAGUGAAUAUACAUGAAGGUUUAAGAAUAGAACAAGAUCAGUGGAAAAGGGAUUUCAGUGACAAUGUGCAAGACUUUCAGGUCCGAGUCCGAAUCAUUGCAGGUCGGCAACUAUAUGGAAAUAACAUCAAGCCUGUGGUAAAGGUGCUGGUGGGGAAGAAAUCUCAUCAUACAAGUGUACGGAGAGGAAACAAUCCGUACUUUAAUGAGGCCAGUACGGAGUAACAAAUGAUGUGUUCUCAACAAUUGUCCUCAACAUAAAUCUCUGCAUAUCAUAACUAACAUCAUCUUGCAUAUUAAUGGUCACCACUAUAACAAUUUAGUAUAAAAACUAAAUGAAGUUAUGGCGGCUCUUUUACUGUAUUGUGUUAAACUAUUUUCAAAUGGCUAAACCUAAAUUUUAGAGAAAGGACAUACCGUAUAACAUUCAGUAGCAUACACGUAAAUAAGUGUUGACAUGUACACAUACAUCCUGUCCAAUUUUAAAAAUGGAAGGUUAAAGAAACAUAAAAAUGCAAACUGGAAAAAGCAAUUCUUAAUCUACAGAAAAGGAUUGUCCCGGUGGUGCAUUCAAAGCUACUAUGCCCGUUGGAAUUCCCCAGUAUUAUUUAGUGAACAACCUUGUCUGUUCACUAACAAAGCUA